AGAACAACUUGAUGAAAAUAAACAUAGUUUUUUACGGGCAUGUACAGUUGCUCGUCAAAAAUCCGAUUUAUUUCAUAAAUAUGCACUUCGUAAUGCAGCUAAUUUAAUAAAACCUGAAGCUUAUUUAAAACCACUUGAACAAAAAAUUAAAAAUGUUUCAACAAUAUUAAAAAAUAAAGAAGAUACAGUUUUAAAUGCUUGGCAUCAUAGAAAAAAAAUUAUUGAUGAAUAUUUACAAUAUAUUUCAUUUAAACGUAAUACAGAUAAAGUUUUUGUAUGGAUUGAUGAACAUGAUGAAUGUUUCGUAUCAAAACUUGAAGAAUUAGAUAUUAAUGAUGAUGGUUAUAUGGAUUUUGUUCGUGCACUUAAGUGGUAA